AUGCAAGAUUUUUAUCGUUGGGUCAACCUAGCAUCCUCACUGAAAGGAAAUCACUCUAUUUUAGGCAAAGAAAUAGAGUCUUUCCAAAACACUGCAAAUGAACUCGAUUUAUUUAUGCAAGAAUGAAGCUCAAAACUAGACAUCCUAUCAAAAUCAAACACAAUUUUAGAAAUGGACUUAGAAGCUCACGAAUCUCAUUUAAGAAGCUUUGCAAAAAUCCUUUAUCGAAAAAAGCGAUCAAUAAUAAAGAGAGCUGUAAGUGUAUGCACUGAGUGCAUAAAAGACUGCAUGAAAUCAGAUGAAGAAAUUUCAAAGCAAAAAAUUAAUCUGAUUUAUGACAUUCUAAAACAAAUUGCAGAAGAAAGAAGAACUCCUAAGACUCUGACAGAAAAAAUUAGAUUUUUAAAGCUCGAACGAGCUGCUGAAAAUGCUGUUAAAUUAAUCGUUAAUUAA